AUGCCUAUUCCUACACGCUCAGCCUCGCUGCGCGAGCCACGUAAACAGACCUCCAUUAUAGCACGACCUACCACGAAACCUUUACCCAUCGCUGGAAGAGAAACGGCUGAGAAUGAGAAGAGCGGCUCACCAUCGAACUCCUCGCAGGUCGAGGCCCCGAAAGACAAUGGAGCCCGUGGGAGGACUCAGCUCCCUCAGCGCAGGACCCUGACAGACCGUCCAACCGGUCAGCGGCUUCAGCCCAGCAAGCUCCCACGCGGGGAUCCUUCGCCGACAAGACGAGAUAGAUCCCCAGACAAGAAAAUAGGACAACCAGACUCCUCGGCCGCGAAGCCUACGACAUUACUCAACCGCCGACAAAGCCUCAUGCGACCUGCCUUGAAGAUGCCCGCGAAACCUAUUGUCCCAUCAAAGAGCUCGGCCACACCCCCGUCACCCCGAAAACCGCCAAUCAGAGCUCCAGUCCAGCCUCCUCCAUCCAGAAGACCUCCCUCGCCUAAAAGGAGCGACAUGCCACCCCCGCCACGACCAACCCGCUCCUCUUCCCUUAGACAGCCUGUCAGCGCUACCCAGCCACGACCUACGGUGAGAGGCCAUACCCGGCAUCGGAGUCAGAUGGUGCCAACUACAAAGAUCGAGCCAGUGCCGCCAUCUCCUCAAAAGUCACGAGCCCAAUUUUCCACAUACCAGCAACACUACUCCCCCCAGAAAUCAUCCAAGCCUCCGACGCCUGUUGCGGAUGCAAUCGACACAGGAAAUCUAUUGAUUCCUGCGUCGUGGCCGGACAUUACAGCUCUACAGACUGAACUCCUUCAACUAAGCUUGUUCCAUUCCAGUUCGUUACAGAGGCAGGCUGAGUGGAUGUCUGCUUCGGAGACCCAUCUACGCAAGAAGUACGACGAAGUAGCUGGUCAAUACCGGUCGUUGAUAGCAGAUGAAACGCGACGGCAGUGUGACCUUAAUGCACAGGCUCUUGGUCUUUGGCUUUCUAAUUGCCAGGAGCAUCUUGGUCCACAUGACUUUUCUGAGCAAAUUCAAAUUCUAUCACAGGUUAUACAAGAAGUUUCCGAUAUGGUUGCUGUUGAAGGAAGUGGGAAAUACUCCUGUGCUGUCAAAUCGUUUGAGGAUUGGAUUGACCACGCCGAGUUCAUUCGCCAGAACCGUGAAGUGAACAAGAGUGAUGCCGGUGUCUUCAUUGACCCCUUACCACGCAGCUGGAAGGAGUCACUACGUGAGUUGAAUCUCAAACUGGAGCUCUGUGCGCGCCAUUUAGAAACCCUUGACAUCCUGGGCUUCGGCCAAGUGGAGCAACUGGAAGGAGCUGCCCUUACGAGGGUGAUCCUGAAUCUGGGAGAAUUGGUACAGCUCAUGACACAAGAGAUUCGCGUAAUGCGAACACUCGAGGCAGAGGUGAGAUAA